AUGAGCUCAAAGCAUCUGGAUCCAUUCUCUGCGGUCGGCGCCGGUACAAAGCACAAGCAAAUCCAGGAUGCAAAGGACAUGUACCAAGUGGUUGUUGACCGCGCCGCAAGAACAAACACUGCCGUUCCAGACUACGAGUUCCUUGAACUUAUUGCANAAAACAAUGCUACACAGGACCUCGUAGCUGUCAAGAUCAUUGAUGUUGACGAUCUGGAUUACAAGUUGGACCUCGACCAAAAGGAUGAGGCCAUCGAGGACUUCCGGAAAGAAGUCAAGACGUUGAAACUCCUUCGAGACAGCCAGGCGAAGAAUAUUAACUACAUCCAGGAGGCUUUCGACUUGCAUUCUCAACUGUGGAUCGUCAGCGAUUACUGUCCAGGUGGUAGCGUUCACACACUCAUGAAAGCCACGCCAGGUCCUGGGCUCGAAGAGGAGUACAUCAUUCCAAUUGCUCGCGAACUGGCGGUGGCACUGAAAUACGUACAUGAUGCCGGUGUCAUCCACAGAGAUGUCAAGUGCGGCAAUGUUCUGAUUUCCGAAGAAGGUCAGGUUCAGCUUUGUGACUUUGGUGUAGCAGCUGUCAUCGAGACUGAAGCGUCAAAACGUUCGACCAUCAUUGGAACCCCGUUCUGGAUGCCCCCAGAGAUGCACUCCAUGGAUAUGGCGGUUCAACAAGGUUACGGUACCGAAGUUGACUGUUGGGCAUAUGGCUGCACUGUCUACGAAAUGGCCACAGGAAUGCCACCUAAUCAUAAGUUCCAUCCAUCGAUGUUGAGGACAGUGUUGAAAGCCGCACCGCGACUGCAAGAGGGUGCCUACUCACAGGGUCUUCGAGACUUUAUUGCCUUCUGCCUCGAAGAAAAGCCUCAGGACCGUCCCUCAAUGAAGGCAAUCCUAGAGCAUCCCUUUAUCUCAGACACUUCAGCGCAGUAUCCUACUCAUAUGGUGAGGGAAAUGAUCGACCGUUACUUCCAGUGGGAGAGAAGAGGCGGUCAAAGAGCUUCACUCUUCAAUCCAAUGGGAGCUGCCGCGCCUCAGCCGUCCGAACAACGUGACGACUAUGAUGAUUGGAACUUCUCAACCUCUGCCGACUUCGAAAACGACUUUGUUAAGCGCUACAGUCAACUCGGAAUUGCAGAGACCGACUUCGCAGCUACAGCCAACAGUGCUGCUGAAGACGUGAUGCCUGCUCUCAACAACGUCACCAAACCGCAUCCUCGAAACCCGUUCCACGAGGCGCAAGAAGAAGCCAGAGCGAAGCGAGGAGAGCGCUCGAUGGGACGCCUUUUCGACACAAACGCAGACCCUUACGACUACAACACACUUAUGGAAGAUGAAGAACAGCCAAUGUCAGACCUUCCACUUCGCAACCUGUCCAGCGAUCGCGCGGCCAAUAGGGAGACCCUGAUUGACUUGGACAUGGGCGCAGCGGGACUCGAUUCACAGCCGACCUUCAACUUCGACUUUGGCGAUGUGCCAACACUCAAGGCAGCCAGACCAAACCGCAUGUCAUCGACAAUGCCUGAUGAUGACGAAGAUCAGAACGACUUCUAUGAUGGACCAGACCAAGACACACGACGCGCCACCAAAGACUGGCAGUUUCCUCUCAAGAUGAUGCCUGCCGAUAACCCAAGCCGACGCACACAAGAUUGGACCUUCGCCAUGGCACAGCCUCCCGCUGCGGACCGCAAGACCAAGGACUGGUCUUUCGCAACUGCACAACCAGCAGCUGAUCGCAAGACGGCAGAUUGGUCGUUUGCUACAGCCCAGCCAGCCACCGUUAGAAACACACAAGACUGGACGUUCGCAGAGAUGGCAGAGCCUCUGACGGCUGAGCCAGACCGUCGAACCGCAGACUGGACAUUUGCAACAGCCGAGCCAGUGUCCACCGAACCAGAUGCCGAGCCAGACUUCUCUUUCCCACCCAUGAAAGACGAGACAGACAUUGCUCCUGGCUUCAGACCCCAUCUGACUCGCACAGCCACUGAACCAAUUGGCCAGUUCAAUGACUUCCUUCAUCCUCCUGUAGGAUCGGCUGCUAAAGACGACCUCGACAUACCAAGCAUUCGCGAGUCCAAGCCCAUCAUCGAUAUUGACUUGGGUAUGACCUUCGAACCCGAGUUUGACCUAGAGUCUGCCAUAUCCCACCACUCAAAACAGCCGAGCAUAACACCAUCGUCCCCUGUCAUAAGUGCGGCAGGUUCGACUGAAACCUCACGCAACCCCUUCUUCUUGGCCGAAGUUGAGCAACCUAGUGGUGAUGAAGUUAAGCGCUCCUCGCAUCGCCAAUCGCGCUCUGAACCACAGCUUCUAGCAUCAAACAACCGCCACUCGGGCGUUCUUCACUCCAGAGGACCAAGCAAUGUGUCCCUGCUCAGACACUCGAGAGACAGAGGAUACUCUUACUCUUCCACGGCAUCGUCCGACGUCCAGAGUGGAAGCUGGCCACGAGACUACAACCGCCGUAUGGAGGCGCACACAAGACAACAACUUCUCGAUGGAUUGCACACAUCUGCGAUUUCCUCUCGCAACAGCUGGGCUCGUUUUGCUGCGGCCGACUCAUUCGACGACACCGAUAUUGAGACGCCUAUGGCCGACCCUGGCGUCCGUGUACCAGGACUCGACGAUGCAGACUUCCCACUCGCAGGAUUGAGGCCUUCAUCACGCAUUGAUGCCUUCAACGUGGACACAGACAGAGACGAAAGCACAUACGGAGACCUCACUAUGCCUCGCAACAGAGCACGCGCAGAUACAGGAGGCACAACAAGCACGGGUACAGGCUACGACUCAUCAAGAGACGAAGCCUACAUGUCGCAGGUACGCAGCAGUCGCUUGUUGAGCGAGUUCCCUCGACUGUCAGCUCCCGAUCCAGAAGCAAUGAUGGAAGGCGCCGACUCGGAGCUUGUGUUCAAUGAGAUGGAUAGACUAUUUGCCGAUCUGGAGGGAGGACUCAGUCUGGCUGCAGAGAUGUUCGAAAGACGCGACAGAGGCAUGUCCCGUGGAAGAGAAGAGGGAGAUGAAUACGAAAGACAGGCCAAGGGUUUUGGC